AUGACGAACGCCCCUAACCGAUUCGACCUGUUCAUCCUCGGUCCGGAUGAGAAGCGGGUCGAGAUUGUCGAGGACACCAAGAUCCCCAAUGCGGCGACGUUCUGGUUUAACAAGGAGGACCACACGCUCGGCAACAUGCUGCGUCACGCUGUGCUCGCCAACCCUGCCGUCUUAUUUUGUGGAUACAAGGUACCUCAUCCGCUCGAGCCCAAAGUGUUUGUUAAGAUCCAGACGGACGGAUCGAUAACGCCGACCGAUGCGCUCAAGCAGGGCUGCACCAAACUCAUCGCUCAGAUCAGCUCGCUCAAGGGCGCCUGGCGCACCGAAGUUCAGAUGAGCGGUGCAGGAACCGUCGACGUCGGCGGGUUCGGCCGCCAAGAUCCCUUUGAUUCCACCGGCGCGGGCUAUGGUGCAGGCGCAGAAGGCGCGUCUGGCUAUGUCGACAUCUAA